AUGAUUUUCUAAAAAUUUGUCUUGAGUCAGUUUUUAUAGGUUUCCUUCCAUUUUCUUUAUUUUUUACAAAUUCUACACUUAAAUAUUCAUGCAAUUUACUUUUCUUGCAAAGUUUAAUGUCUUUCCUUUAUUAACAUUUCCAAUUUCACAUUUUAGUGUAUCUUUUAUUCACUUGUAAUAUUUUAUUUUUAGUAAAACUUGUUUUGCAUUAACGCACUUUAGUUUUUUUUAAGUUAAACCUGUUUUAUUUUUAAGGAAUGCUAGGGGCAACAACUUUUGGGAUUUAUAGCCAUCAAAUAGCCAUCAAUGAGACUUUUAAUAGUGUGAGAUUAGUGUGCGAUUUCAUUCAAUGUCUCACUUUUCUUUGCUGAUUACAUGUUGGCCAGAAUUUGAUAAAAUUGCUGGUCCCUAAACUUUUUCUUUAUUUUAUUAGUUAUUCUUACAAAAAAAAAAAAUGUCCUCUUCAUCUUAAAAGACUUUGAUGCACAAUAAACUGGUAUCCAUAAAAAAGAAUAGAGUUUACUCCUAAAAAUUAAAUAUUGAACCUAGAUAGAUUAAAACUUAUUGUGAAAAAUCUGUAUAACAAUAUUUCAUGUUAAUCUUGAGGAUCUUUGAAGCCUCAACAUUUGGACAUUUGGUUGAUUUUAUGACCGAAUUUACAAUGUUAACCUCGACGCCACCAGUUGGGACUCUCUGUUGAAGCAGCGAUAACUAACUCAUAAGGUUAGUUGUGGGGCUGGCAUUAUUUUGUUAGUAAAUGCAGCCACUAAAUUUUAUGCGAUGAUAUUUGAUUUAAGAUUUGUUAUGGCUUUAUGGCAUUUUCCUAAAUCUACGUAGCACAACAUCUUAUCAGCGAAGGAUCAAAUAUGGAUGCAUUUCAAUUGACAUAGGAAAUUGUUUUUAAACCAUUUCUCAACCAAAAAUGCAAAAUGUUGGACUUUAUUUCACAUUUGUCGGUUUUUCCCAUUUCUUUGAGGGAGCUUUCCUCUCUUCCAUAUAUGUAUGUAUGUGGUUUACACUUUCACUCCGUUUCAAUUAACUGAAGAGCCCCAAAAGUAGAAACACACAAUUUAAUAAACACACUAAACCAUUAACCAUAACAUGCUUGAACCCCUUGACUUCGUCUCUUGUCUUCUUUACCUUCACUUUCACACCAAAACCCCACACAACAAUUCAUUCACUACCUUGCUAUGUUGAAUGAUCAAAGCACAUCAACACUAACACUAUCAUCGACAAGAAGAAACCAUGGCAGAGAGGAGCAAAAUACCAAUAUUAAUGAUCAAGGAGAAGAUUACAUCAGAGAAAUUCAUGCUUUAACACCUCCUCUAACCACCACUACAGCCACCACGACCGCUAACCUUCGCCGGAGAAUAAGAGAAGCUUGGGAGACACAAAGCCACCAGUCAUCAUCUUUGUUCACCAUGGCUAGCAUAGAAGGUGUUGCUGCAGGUUCGAGUGAGAACUUGAGCACCAUGAGCAGGGAAUUUAGCGCUCUCGUUCUAACAGGAUCGAGCAUCGACCACAACAACAGCCCAAUGAAUGACCCUCCAAAUCAUGUCGGAACUGAAGGAAGCAGAAACUUGGAGAGGAUUCGAGAAGAUGAUGAUGACAAUGAUUAUGAUAAUCAAUUGAGGACCAUGAUGAUGGAGGAGACGAACCCUCUGGCAAUCGUGCCGGAUAACAACCCCUUAGACCCGAUGACUGCUUCUUUGCCGACGAGGCAUGGUGGCGGUGGCGGCGGAGGAAUGAUGGUGGGUGGUGUUACGAUCAGUGGGCAGAGCGAAGUGUGGGUGCAGAGAGUGAAGAAGGAGGAGAUUGAAGCGAAGAUUGCCGCGUGGCAGAACGCUAAGGUUGCUAAGAUCAACAACAGAUUCAAGAGGGAAGAUUCUGUGAUCAGUGGGUGGGAGAAUGAGCAACUUCAGAAAACCACUUCAUGGAUGAACAAAGUUGAGAGGAAGCUGGAGGAGAAAAGAGCAAAAGCACUUGAAAAAAUGCAGAAUGAAGUAGCAAAAGCUCAUCGGAAAGCAGAGGAGAGAAGGGCAUCAGCAGAGGCUAAAAGGGGAACUAAAGUUGCUAGGGUUCUUGAGGUUGCAAGCCUUAUGAAAGCACUAGGAAGAACUCCUACCAAAAGAUCCUUCUUUUAAUUCAUCUCUAUAAAAUCUAUCUUAUGUUUUGAUCCACAUUCUUGGACAUCAAUUAUGUUAGGUUAAACAUAUUCUACAUUAAACAUUAUAUCGACUCACAUUUUCAUUUGUUAAUUACUCGAUAGAUUGCAAAUGAAGUUUA